UGCCGCCGGCAUCAGCCACCGUACCGGUUGCGGCCCCUGCCGGUUACCAUAGCUCAUUGCGGGCUCCUCGCGACCCCGGUUCCCGGCAGCCCCAGGAUGUGCUGAGCCCCACGCCACCGUCCUCUGCCGCCGGCUCCCGCCCGAGGUGUGAAUGACAGAGGUGGUGCCAUCCAGCGCCGUCAGCGAGGUCAGCCUGCGCCUCCUCUGCCACGAUGACAUAGGCACCGUGAAGCAGCUGUGUGGCGACUGGUUCCCCAUUGAGUACCCAGACUCAUGGUAUCGUGAUAUCACAUCCAACAAGAAGUUCUUCUCCCUCGCUGCAACCUACAGAGGCGCCAUCGUGGGAAUGAUAGUAGCUGAAAUCAAAAGCAGGACCAAGAUACAUAAAGAGGAUGGAGAUAUUCUAGCCUCUAGCUUCUCUGUGGACACACAAGUUGCAUAUAUCCUAAGUCUGGGAGUAGUGAAAGAAUUCAGAAAGCACGGCAUAGGUUCACUUUUACUUGAAAGUUUAAAGGAUCACAUAUCAACCACUGCGCAGGAUCACUGCAAAGCCAUCUACCUGCAUGUCCUCACCACCAACAACACAGCGAUAAACUUCUACGAAAACAGAGACUUUAAGCAGCAUCACUAUCUCCCCUAUUACUACUCCAUCCGAGGGGUCCUCAAGGAUGGCUUCACCUACGUGCUCUACAUCAAUGGCGGCCACCCUCCCUGGACAAUCUUGGACUACAUCCAGCACUUGGGCUCUGCACUAGCCAACUUGAGCCCCUGCUCCAUCCCGCAUAGGCUCUACCGCCAGGCUCACAGCCUGCUCUGCAGCUUCCUGCCGUGGUCGAGCAUCUCCACCAAGGGCAGCAUCGAGUACAGCCGGACCAUGUGAUGCCCGCCCCUUGGCACCCCGCGGUGCCCGCCCUCCUGUCCAUCUGACCUCGGCUGUCUUUUGCAAAGGUACUGGCAGCCACCUGCUGGGCCCGUUGGUCUGCCCACUGCAGGCCCGGUGCUACGCGGGCUCCGGAGCAGAAUAUAUUCUACAGGUAACCCCAGAGCAGACGGUGAGACAUGGGGAGCCCAGCACUUCCAGCAACAAAAACAGAAGGCUUGAGCAGGCAGGUUGGAAAGCCAAGGUCUGGGGUACUUCCUGAGCAACUCACAGAAACUUCGUGACAGAAAGCAGGCUCUCCUCCACCGGUGCCCUGGGUCUCCACGCACCUGCGCCAUCCCUACAGGGGCUGGCUGGGGUAUGGCUGCAUCCACCGGGCAGGGACCGCUCUCACCAGGCCUCUCCUGCCUCCCCCGCUCCGCUGCCCGUCCCUUCAGAUCCUUCCUGCAAAGCCGGAAUGAACUUUCUGCUGGGAGGGAGGAACGCACAUGUGUGGACACACUGGACCCUAAAGACAGGAACCUACAACCAGGGGGUGCAAUAGAGGGAGUUCCAGGCCUUUGUGCAGAGCCAGCCCGAGGAAGCCUGCGGCAGUGGGGGUGGCCUCUGCCCUCCACGAGGGGCUGGCAAGGGGUGGGCAGCGCGGGGCAGGCAUGGGGCUCUGAUGGUGCACGGCUCCUGCUCCUCUGUGGCCCCCUACUGCGCGCGUCCUGUAGUCCUGGAGAAGUCAUGCUGCCUGUUGGAUCAUAGAAUGUACCGUUGACCUGACCUCCCAACCAGGAACUGGGCUGAGACAGGCACCAGCAAGCUUCCCGGGGCCUUGUCCUCCUGUGAGCACAGCCCCAAGGCCUGGCACAAACAGGAGGAAGCUGAGCUCCAUGUCGGGCUGCACGGCUACCACAGGUCUCUGCAGGUCCUGGCCUGGGGGGUUUGGCACCCAGGGCAGUCACUUGGCUUGUUGGUCCCUCAGCCUUGGAGGGUGGGUGGAAAACUGUGUCAGCACCACUGGGAGCUGGGCUUGGAGCAGGCUUCCAGCAGCCCCUUCACCCUCCUGUAUCCCCCAAACACCGCUUGCUGCCUGCCCACCCCUCCAAGGCAGGGGAGGGUGGACAGAGUCCCACCCAGCAUUGCUGCAGUGUCACGAGAGUUGUCACAGAAGGUCCUUGCAGCACCAUGCUGCGCCAGCCUGAGGUGAGGAGGAGCCGCUUGGCCAACAGGCCUAGUGACCUGAGUCCCUCAAGAUUUUCCCAGCCUGGGGCCUCUGCCUGGCCUGCGGCAAGGGGAGGGAGUCUCAGAGUGAAGGUGAGCCCCCGGGCAGGACAGCAUUCUCCCUGGAUGGUGCUGGCCAGUGGGAGGGGCCAUGUUGCCUUGACUGGGCCAAACCUCUGUGCUGAGGCCGCCACUCAGUAUUCUCUGCUUGGAAUCAAGGGUGAUCAUGUGAUUUUUAUUUCUGCCUACAUGGGGUAAGGGAAGAGUCCUCUGGAAAGUUCUGCCUUGGACAUUCAUAGUUGAGCUCAGAGGCCUUGCUCUCCCGCCCCCAGUCACUGAGUGUCCAGCCCAGUGUUGAACAGAUUGUCGUGUUUUGUCUCAUUACAAACAGAUAAACAGACUUUAAUGGUCACAUCCUGUUUCCAGCACUGUGGGUGGGGCUGGGAGCUGUCAUGGUCAGGCCCCAAAGAUAGAAUGUAGACCUGGCGGAGAGGUUCUAGAGAGUGCAAAGGCACAGUUGGGUUUUUUAUAACUGAAGGGCUCCCAGCAGCCAUCAGGCAACCCCCUGGUGCUCGGCCUGGAGCUGGGGCUUGGUCUGGGUGGGAGGGCCCUGGGCUAGAGCACCCCACAAUAGGAGCCUGAGGUGGAUGCCAGCCAAGCAUGGGGCCAGCUGUUUCCACUGGCCUCUCGCCACCCUUGGGAAAGGAGCUGUGUUUACUGCCGCCAUGACACAGAUGAGGAAAAGUGGCCCAGGGGCCAGGGAGUUACCCACCAGCACAGGGUUUGUGAGUGGUGGGCCCCUGUGUGCUGGGUGUGCUGCUGUCUCACAUCUCAGCCGGAUGGAGACCUGCAGUGAGGGUCCUCCCCAGGGACAGGGCCUGAGGCACUUGCAAAGCAGGGUUAGUAUGUGGGCUAGUGCCACUGCAUGGAGCGGAGGCCCUGACAGCCCCGGGAGGUAGGGCAGCUGGACACCCAGAGGCCACAGGGCAUGUGGAAGCAGAUGGACCUGCUGGGUUUCCCCCACAGGCACAUCCUGCUGGUGAGGCACAGCCCGGCUGCUUAGGUGAGUAUGGUUUUCCCCUCUGCUGCUGGGGUAACUUCAGGAUGCAGGGGUGACUCAUUGGGGCCUUUGGUCAAUUGCAUGACCAAGUAUCAAUGUGCCCAGGUGGGGAUCCGGCUGGGCCCUGAGCCCUGCCCUAGGUAGCCGGCUCCUCCAGUCUGGCCUCCCUGCUUUGGUGAAGACAGCAGGGCCGGCAGCUCCAGGACUCUCACCUAAGCCCCACCCACACUGCAGGGAGAAGCAGGAUGCUCUGGCUGUUGGGAUGUGGCUCUGCUCCAGGCCUACUCUGGGAUGGAGGCUGAGGGGGAUUUUUCAAGAGCCCACGGAUGCCUACUGUCUCCCUGUGGGGUCUCCUUGGUCCCUGCACACACCACCCAGGACUCCCCUACAGGGCCGGGGCAUGUAGGACUUCUCAGCAGUCUACACAGGGGCCUGGGGAUGGGUCCCUCAGACAGUCUCCGCAAGGGCUGAGACAACUCCUGGUUGGCAUUCAGGGAAUCCCAGGGGAGAGUGUCCCGGGGCCAGCAGUGCACAUUUUCACAAGUGUCUGCUCGUUCAGACCAUGGGAUGCUCUUCCGUGUCAACUCCCUGUCUGCAGCACGCCAUGGCUGAGUGUUGUGGGAGAGGGAGAAAAGAGCUGCCUUCCCAUCACCCCGGGCAACUCAUCUGGUGGUCUGCUGGGCAGCUGCAUCCUUCCCAAACCUGUCUGGCCACAGCUGCUCUUGGGAGGAGCGUCCAAAAGCCUGCUGUCUCUGCUGCUCUUCCUGGGGGCUGCUGUUGCUGCCACCACCUCACCACCAGGGCCACUCCCACUUCCUUAGAACAACUCAGAAAGCGACCAAGGACUGACAUCCUCAGGAUCUGCUGGGCAAAGGACCUGGGAGAUGUCCAGGGGUGGAGCCAGGGUGCAGGGGGAGGGAAGGGGGCUCAGGGAAGGAGCCCGGCUGUCCUUGACCUGUCACAUGUGGUCUGGCAGGAGCCCAUGGGAGGGGCAGUGCUCAGCCCUAGCCUGACCUGGCUGCCUGGACUGGAAGUCAGCCAGACAGAUGAAGGUCCCUGAGGCAAGCAAGCCCAGCUGUUCCCAUCUCCCCACAGGACUGAGUCCUGAUGUCUGUGGCCCCCAGGGGACAUUGGACAAUGUCUGGAGACACUGGGUUGUUACAAAUGGGAGGAGGGUACUACUGGCAUCUAGUGGGUAGCAGCUGGGGAUGCUGCUCAGUAUCCUGCAAGACACGGGACAACCCCCACCACAGAAUGAUCUGGCCCGAAUGUCAGCAGAACCGAGGUUGAGACACUGUUCCUCCUAUAGAGGAAGCCUAUGCCUGGGUACCUGGAGUCUAGGCCAUCUGGGAGGAGAAGGGCUGUGCCCAUCCUGCCUGGAGAGACAGGAGCUGGGGUCCGUGAAGCAGUAAACCUAACCAUACUCUUGGUGGGGCCAGCACAGGGUCCAGGCCAGCAUUUUGCUUCAUCCUCCUCCCUGGUGCCAUCCCUAAACCAGGCCCACCUUCCUCUGUCUGCCAUACCCUGCGUCUCGGCCUGUUGAGACCCUGCCCACCCUCUAGAAUGAAGCCCAGCAGCACCUCAUCCAGGAAGCCCUCCCAGACUCUCCUCACUCUUCCAUCAGCCUCUCGCCCUGGCUCAUGACUCUGGUGUACCCACCCCCAAAAAGGGCUGGAGCACCACAGACCCAUCCCUGGGAUCAACAACGGGUCAAUAAAGGGUUGAUGAUAGACAAGAA